AUGACACCACCAGAAUUCCAACUAUCAUCCAAAAGUGGUUAUUCAAGAUGGAAUGACAGAAUUAUGCAAAAAGCUGGGGAAAUUCCUGAAACAACUGUGAAUUUGUUACUUUCGAAAAGUGUUAACGAAAAUGUAUUAAGAUCGUUGAUAAUCGCUGAUUAUUAUGGAAAAGCCAUGUAUCUCAGAAUAAAGAAAAAGUGUGGUUCCAUAACUACUACAAACGAGAUGGUUGAUGAGUUACAGGAAGAAAAUUUAUCAGAUGAAGUAAGAUUGGAAAAUUUUGUGGAGUUUUUGGUGAAAGACGAAGAAGAAUUAGAGAAACAGAGAGCUGCGCGAGCUAGAGUAUUUGAUCUGGAUCUAGAUAUGGAUCUGUUAGCUACGGUUACUGAUGAUGUCGACGAUUUCCGGCUACUAUAUAUGGAGCUAUUGAUAAAAAAUCAUCAUCCGAAAUGA